AUGAGUCAUCACCAGCGUAGAAUUUCGACACCUGGAAUCUCGAGGAAGCGAAAAGAGAGAGAACCCUUUUAUUCAUUUAAACCGUCUAUUCCGGUUCAAUCAUCGGUUUAUUCCGGUCCAAAGCUCCCCUCCUCUCCCGAUUGUUCAAACCAGCUUUUAGCUGGCUACAUGGCACAUGAGUUUUUGACCAAGGGAACCCUUUUGGGUCAGCAAUUCGACCCGGCUCGAUCGGAGGCUGUCCGGUGCCUGGACCGAGAGAACCCGUCCAGCAGGAAGCCAGACCGAAGGAUCUUAAGAAAGAGAGCCGAAGUUAUGCUGACGUGGCGAGAAUUCUGA